AUGUUAUCCCAACAUCAUCGUUUAAUGUUUAUCGUUUUCAGCGAAAAAAAAACCGUUCGAUUUUACUCAACCAAAGAUAAUGAACGAUUUGAUAGAAGGACAGGAUAUGCUUUUGCAUGGUGUUUUACAUCAACAAAUGGUUUCACUAAAUUAGGUUUAGUUUUAGCAAUCAUUUGUGCGUUAUUUCUUGUAAUUGCUGUUUCUAUUAUUCCACGUGUUAUUAUUGUAAAAUAUAAUACAGUUCAAGGUACUAAUUGGAAUUUAACUGCAGCUAUUAAUACAUUUAGUCAAUUUGAUGUGAUUGUUUUCGAUGAUGGAAUAGCUUCAUCUUCCCAUGGUGAUCAUGCUAAUACACAAAUAAUUAUUCAAUAA